AUGCCAGACGGAAAUGGUGUCCCUCAUCUGGUAGAUUUGCAAGCACCGGUACAGCCUCGUAUGCAAACGAACGAGGAUGACAAUGAAUAUUGGCUAUUCACUAGAAAAAAUGACAACGAGAAGCAAGUACUGAAAUUCAAUGACUCAGAUUCCGUUCGUCAGUCCAACUACGAUCCGAAUCUACCUCUAACUGUAAUCGUUCACGGAUGGAAUAAUAAUGGAGAUUCCAACAUGAACCUCGUGGUGCGAAGUGCGUUUCUCCAUGUAGGACAAUACAACGUCAUUGUGGUCGAUUGGAGUAAGAGUCUUAGCAUUUGCUAUACAGCUAGCGUGAAAGCUGUUCCGAACACUGGAAAACGUAUUGGACGGUUCUUGGAAUGGUUGAUAAAUAACUUUGGUGGUAACUGGGACAGUGUUCACAUGGUUGGCCACAGUCUCGGAGCUCAUGUGGUUGGGAAUGCUGGGCGUGCUGUCAGUGGUAAAGUAGCUCGUAUUACAGGUAUGGACCCUGCAGGACCUCAAUUUGGAGGGAACCCGGCAGCCCUGAACGGCGCUGACGCCCGUUACGUCGAGUGCAUACACACGGACGGCGGCGUCUUGGGCAUUUACGAUCCCAUCUGUCAGAGCAACUUCUAUCCGAACGGUGGCAAACAUCCUCAGCCCGGCUGCUUAUUCAGCCCUUGCUCACAUACACGAAGCUAUGAAUUCUUUUCGGCUUCCGUCAAAAUCGACAAUUUCAUCGGUACCAAAUGUGGCAAUCUUGAUGAAUUGAAAUCCAAUGUAUGCAAUGGUUCACAACUACGUAUGGGAAACACCGAGCUUUAUAAGAACGGAACUGGACUGUACAGAUUAAAGAUCUCUCUCAAACAGCUACAGUAA